AUGGGAUUCACGAAAGAGCAGCUGCUUGCUCGUUUACAGGAGCUUCAAAUCGGUUAUUCCCUGUAUGACCAUCCCGUUGUGUUAACAGUGGAAGCUCAGGCGAAGUAUGUUGGGCACUUGAAAGGUGGAUUGUGCAAAAAUUUGUUCUUGAAGGAUAAGAAACAAAGAUUUUAUAUAGUUUCUGCCUUGGCCGAGACAAAGGUAGACCUAAAAGUUCUCUCUCAGAGGUUGGGUUUAGGGAAAGGAGGUCUAAGAAUGGCUCCAGAAGAAGCACUUGCAGAAAUUCUUCAGGUGCCCUUAGGUUGUGUUACUCCUUUUGCACUUGUGAAUGACUCGGCAAGGCAUGUUUCUUUAUUGCUCGAUCAAGGGCUUAAGUGUCAGGAAAGUUGCCUCUUCCAUCCAAUGUCUAAUGACAUGACAAUCGCUCUUAAUGCAUGUGAUCUCGACAAGUUCUUGAUUUCUAUUGGGAAAACACCUGCCUACGUGGACCUCGAGGCUAAUCCUACGGUUGGGAAGGAUCAACCUCCAGAUCUAGCGACUCUUGUUCCUUCUGAUGCAAAAGUCUCGGCUGAUCCUGUUGAAAAGAAUCAUGUUCCAGCGAACAACCAACCGACAGGUGUAAAAGUGGCGAAAGCUGUAAAACCGUCCAACGAUUCUACGAAGGAGAAACCAACCGAUGCUGUGAACUUGUCGAUCUCAUAUGCGGACACCGAUAAGUUUGUUGAUGAGAUUUUGGAGAAGACAAAAUCUAUUUUUCUCUCAGAGAUUAAGGAAGACAAUAUAAGCAAACUUGGGGUUGAGCUGAAGAGCAUUGCUACCAUAUUCAAGAACACGGCUUACACAGAAGGCUUUAGAGCUGGCAUUCAUCGUCAGCCAAAGAGACUGUAA